AUGUCCACAGGUCAAUCCCAUGUCUGCACCUUGGUCGGGCUUUGUGAUGACGACACCAGUCCGACUCAUACGACGCGCAGCAUGAGUCUCGAACCACCGGCUAUCCACCUCCAAAAACACACACACAACCCACGCAACGAUCUCGAUGAGUACAACCCACAUCUCCAACACAACUUGCAUAUCGUCUACCUUUCCUUUCCAAACCAAGACGCCCCCAUAUCCGGCAUCACACCUUUCCGCGCUGCACUCCCCGGCCCCCUCACAACCUGUGUCUCGCAGCAUCCCGUCCGCUAG